AUGGAGUCGUAUAGAGGUAGCAGAUCUGUUUCCCGCAUCCCUUCCUCUCCUCCCGUUUCAUCGGAGGACGAGCUCUUCCACCAAGUCUUUGACUGGAACUCCUACUACCAGGACACCCAGGACACUGGCACCUUUCCCUCUGCCUCCGCCGUCAUCCAGUCCAACUGGGGGCUGUCUGACGACUACUACCAGUUGUCCAAGGGGUUUGACGGUGCCGAGUCGUACCCCAUUGAUGGCCAUUCCCUCGAGUCCCUGGAAUCCGACUUUUGGAGGAUGAAUGCCAACCUUCGCGCGUCCGACGACGAGGAGGCCCCGUCCCCGCCGUCCGACUACACCGGUGGCCACUCCCCGCCCGGUCUCGUCCCCGCCGGCAGUACCUCGCCAUCGGAGCACUCUGGCUCGUCCUCGUCGGUGCUCGACGCCGCCGACCAUGAUCACUAUGCCAGGCUUGCGCUGAGUGAGGCCAAGUCGUACGACGAUGAGUGGACUUACCCCCAGGGUGAGCCGUCUCCUAAGCAGCUGCCUGUUGGGUACCCAAGCCACAUCCAGUUGCAUGAUGCAAAGUCGCCAGAGGCUGCCGGUCUCAAGCGUCGUCGUUCCAGUAAUGCGGUUGAGAAGAGGCACCGUCAGCUUCAGGAUCCCAUGCAGACGGCGGAUGUGCGCAAAACUGGUGCAUGUGUGCCCUGUCGUGUCUCCAAGAUUCGUUGUCACGAAAAUGGUGUGUGUCCCACGUGCCGGAAGGCCUUCCCCGAACAUUCCCACCUCGUAUGCACCCGUGUCACUCCCGGUAUGACAUGGCCCGUGAUUGGAAGGAUCCCAGACAUCUGGUCCGAGGACGCUGCCGAGGAAGACAUGAUGUGCAACGGCCCGCGCUUUCACACUGGCAAUCCCAAAAAAAUCCUCCUCUACCUGAGCAAGGACUCCUCCUCCAACCCCCUCAAAGUCACUGUCCAGGCAUACCGCAUGCAGGAAGAUUCCAAUGAGACAGGAGGCCUCCGCCUGGCCGACUUUCCCCGCGAUGAAGUCCCGAGCCACGGGCAGCUGCAGGGGUGGGUCGAGGAAGAGAUCAAGCGCGAGCACAUUACCAAGUUCAGGUAUGCUCUCCAAAGCUUCAUGCUCGCCUACCACCAGGAUGGCGAGGGGCUCCCAAGACACCGCCUCGUGAGCAAUGUACACAGGCUCAACUGCUUCUUCCGCAUCUGGAAGACUGACGCAUUUUGGUGCCGUGACCCGACCAACAAGUUUGUCAGCCUGCCCCUCUCCGUGCAGGCGCGCUUGAGAAACAUUGCCCGACAGGGUGCUCGUUUCAUCGAGCACGAUAUCCUCAGGGAAUUGGACGAGAUUCUCGCACAGCAAGGCGCCAUCAAGUCCGAGGAGCGUCUCGCCGUCUGGGCCAGCUUGUGGCAGCUUAUCCUCAUUUACCGUGAGACACUGGCUACCUUCAAGAAGCACAUGGGCAGACUUGCCAAGGAGUAUGAUGCGUUCGACCCCAUCGCUGCUGAGCACGGUAAACUUUACCGAUGGAUGUUAGACCUGGUCUUUCCUCUCAUGACCACGUUCUACCACUAUCAGUUCCGCACCAAGAAGAGCCUUGAAGUGUCUCUCGAUUGGCUUUCCUCUUCCAAGUACCCCAGCAAGGCGUGCAAGAGCAAGACUCUUCAUUCGACUAGCAAGCACCUGUUUGAGUCCCGCAAGGAGUUUUACUCCCGUGUUCAGGGAUCUUCCAAUGAGAUUGACAAGUUGUUGGCCUCUCUCGUUGUCAACCAUGAGCUUAAGAAGCUCAAUGCCCGUCGCCGAAACCCCAAGUCCAGCAAGUCCAAGGGCUCACGACAUGAUGACGAAUGUGAUGAUGAUGAUGAUGAAUAG